UAGUGGACACAGUCCAAACCACUAUCACAUUAAUAAAUGUCACAGUGCAAGAGAUGGGAAAGGCUAUUAAUCAGAUGACUGUGCAGGUCACUAAGGUACAUGAAAUGCUGGGCAACCUCUUGGUUGUGGUGAACAGCAAGGAUGAAAAUUAUGGGGACUCAGCAAAGUCACAGCGCAAUCUUAUAAGGAAGAUUCUGCAACCAUCCACAACAGACUCAGCACAGGAUUGGUAUAAUAGGAUUAGUAAAGCCUGUAUUCCUAGCACAGGAGAUUAGGUUAAGCAUAAACAUAUAUUCCAGGGCUGGUUGUAUUAAGAGAUCCCCAUCAUGUUGAUCUCUGGUAAUCCUGGAGCUGGCAAAUCCUAUCUUUCAUCCAGCAUUAUUGCCUUCCUUAAAGACUAAUACUCACAGGGGGUAUAACAUUGCUCACAUGUCUCUAUAGUGUACUUCUUCUUUAAGGAUGAUAACCCCACCAUGAGGUCAUUUCACCAAGCCCUGCAGGAUCUUACCUUUCAGAUCAGCAGUAAUAAUAUAGCAUAUAAGAAGUACCUUGCAGCCAUUAGAGAUCAUGGGAG